UAUACUCUGGUUAUUUCCUCCACCUUAGGAGACCCCGGCUCCAGUAACAUCAGUGAGCCAUUCCUAUUGGUAGCUGACAGGGAUGGAGAAAUCAUUCUCCAAGUUAACAUCACUUCCGGAUCGACCACCACGCUUCCGCUCGGAGAUGUAGGAGUGCCCGACGCCCUGGACUACGACCCGCUCACGGACUACGUGUACUGGGCAGAUAACCGGAACCAGAAAAUCCACCGGGCUCGUCGUGAUGGAAGUGGCAGGGAGACCAUCUUAGACAUCACCGGUGAGUUAUCCAAGUCAGACUUGACCAAGACUGUCCUGGUGGAGGGUCUGGUAUGGCCAUGGGGCAUCUGCCUCUCCACGGCAGCGCCUCCUGGCGUCACCACUGUGAUCCCUACAUCACCAACAACAACAACUGUGAAGACAAGCACAGCUCCAGUCAUUACACCUACCACUGCCGAGGGAAUCACGACUCCGGUCAUCACACCUACCACUGCCGAGGGAAUCACGACUCCGGUCAUCACACCUACCACUGAUGAGGGAAUCACGACUCCGGUCACUACGCUAUUGCAAGGCGGUUGUCCAAUGGGUUACACCGCACACGGGGAUUCGUGCUUCAAGGCGUACAACCAAGUCAAAACCUACAGUCAGGCCAGACAGGUGUGUGCAGCGGACGGGGGGCUCCUCGCCAUGCCGAAGGACAGAGAAGUGGACGACUUCUUGAUGGACCUCAAGAACGACGUGGAUCCCAACUCUCCUUUCUGGUUGGGCCUGAACAAUCAGAACGGAGAGGGAGGGUGGGCGUGGGAAGACGGGACUCCAUACAGCCCAGCCGCAGACUGGACUGGGUGGCAGCCCGGGGAACCCAACAGUAACGGAGAAGGCUGUGUCAACCACCUCGGGGCCGGAUGGAACGACGCGCCGUGCUCGUCCGCAUUCAACUUCAUCUGCCAGCUAAAGGACGCGAUCCGCUGCCCCCUCGGGUACUUCCGGUGCGGACACGGGCAUGCCUGCACCCUGACCUGGAGGCGGUGUGACGGGAGGACGGACUGUUCGGACGGGAGUGACGAGGACGGUUGUGAGUGCCUGCCGAUUCCUGUGGAUUUCAACCUCGGCGGUAGACUUACAAUGUUACCCAAUCAGCUGGGUCAGACGACGUUUGAAGAGAUACAGAAUUCCUCUGCUGUGGACCUGCUCAUUAGUUCGCCCACAGACGGACAGAACCGACAUCCCGAGUUCCGGGAAUUCGCAUCUACAGUGAUUUUCCCGCAAUGUGCUGUACCCAAAGAGAACGACACUACCUGCUCUUUGUCUCAUCAUGCAGACAACGCGACCUCUUGCAUGAACAAACCACUGCUACCGUGCCGUUCGUGGUGUGAGGAAGUCCUCAACAUGGCUGAUACCCGGAUGAAGAAGCGGUUCCCUACCUGUGACUUGUUUCCACCACCACAGCACGGCUGUUGGAACCCUGAACCAGCGACUAGGAACGGCGAAGUGAAUUUCGAGGAUAGUCUGAAAGCCGACCUGCUCGAUGUGUACAAUCUCAACCUGGCACCUGAGCCUGUUAGGCGUACCCAGCCUGAGAACCCUACCGGCACUGACAACCCUACCGACACGGACAACCCUAUUGUCGCUAGGGUUGUCCGCGACACUGACAACCCUACCAACACUGACAACCCUACCGACACUGACAACCCUACCGGCACUGACAACCCUACCAGCACUGACAACCCUACCGGCACUGGGAACCCUACCGGCACUGGGAACCCUACCGGCACUGGGAACCCUACCGGCACUGGGAACCCUGCUGAGACUGACAACCCUAACGAGGCAGAGACCCCUACUCGGAUUGAGAACCACAUCCGACCCGUCAUCAGCUUUAAUGGAUCUGUAGAACAGAUCGUCGACUUGGAGGAAAAGAAGGAGCAGCUAGUUGCCUCUGUCGUCAUCCAUUUCACAUGGCAGGACAGCCGGUUGAGCUGGGAUCCAAAGUACUACGACAACAUCGAGACUAUCAGCGUCCCUGGCAGCAGCAUCUGGACCCCUACAUUUACUCUGAAGGGGAAUGCUAAUCCUUUAUACCAAGGCCUACCAAAAAAUGUUCCGGUCUGGAUCAGUAGCAAUGGCCAGGUAAUCUGGAGGGUAGAAACCCUGACCACCACCGUGUGUGAUGCGGACCCCUUCUACUUCCCUGCAGACACCAUGGAAUGCAACAUCUGCUUUGCUGCAUUUUCUGCAACCAUCGAAUGCCAAAAUGGCAGUGCCUGUGGUGUCCUGUCUAACCAACAACUGGAGGGCGAAUGGUAUCGGAAGGACAUGUUCUCCGCAAAAGGCAAGACGGAGGCGUGCUUCACUGUUCAGCUGGAGAGGAUCCCGCUGUUCCACAUCGCCACUACUGUUGGACCCUGUGUCAUCCUGGUGGCGCUCAUGGUCAUCACAUUCGUCAUGCCACUGGACAGGGGGGACCGGAUCUCGUUCGGAGUGACCAUUCAACUCUCCGUGGUCGUGUCUCUCGUGUUCGUGACGGAUGUGCUUCCUGUCAAGGGGGCGCUGCCAUUUUUCGCCUCGCUGAUCGUCGUGUGCAUGGCGCUGAUGGGACUUUUCCUCUUCUUCACCAUGGCCAUCAUCACCAUUCAUGACAGGCAGGGGAGCCUGUCUCCAAUGGCGAAGACCUUCUUUCUCCGUUACAUGGCAAAGUGCCUACUGCUCGGAGAUCUGACAGAGAAGAAGGUCGUAAGCGACGAUGGAGAGACUGGUCCCAGCAGCAGGAAGCUGGCCUGGCCUGAGCGCACCAACCGCGUCUCUCCUGCCGAUGCCCCGGCGGUGGUCGACGUGCAAAGCCCGGCUGAUGUCCGCGAGACAGCCCGUCAGCCGUCCGCGCCGCCCACGCGCCUGGAGGCCGCGGUCUCACGCCUGGAGGUUGCCAUGUCCUCCGCCUCCCGUAACAUGGAGGAGCUGGCCGAGGCCAUGAAGAAUGAGCAGGAGGUGUCUGACUACACCCUGCUGGCUAAGGUCCUGGACAGGCUCUGCCUUGUCAUGUACGUCAUCAGCAUUGCCGUGGCCGUGCCCAUGACCAUGUAUCUGGGCAAGUAAAUUAGAGUUGUGUAAACGUGCCUUAACACAACCAAAAAAAAGUGCGACUUGAUUGCUAGGCUUUGAUUCAGCUUUAAGUAACAUGCAUGUGCAGCCAGGACAUGCCCUUACAAGGGCUGUAGUCCUUUGAAAACUUUAGUAAGGUAGUAACCCCACUGGUGGAACAAACAAACUAAAUUUGCAUCUUUAGUAUGUUCAAUACCAUACGAAGGUGAAUGUGUGCAAUGGAGCCUAUAGCUCCUAUGGAGCAUAUAAAGCAGACAACAUAUAUAUCUAAGUUAAGUUACGUAUCUAACCAGGAAAGACUUGUACUUUUAGAUAGUGAGUCGCCUUCUUGGCGGUAUCUUGCACCUCAUAUCUUAGAUCGCAUAUUUUAUCUGUAAACUCUUGGUUCAUCAAACUCUUCAAACAAAUGAUCUGUCCGUGACACUUAGUCUUUGUAAGUAUAGGUUCCCUGUGUAAACAGACAUGAACACAUCUUGACUGUAACAAUUGCAUUUACUUUCAUCUAUUGAUACCUUCAUCUGCUAUCUAUUCAGCUCAGAGGACAUUUAUACACAGCCGGAGCUAACGAACUAAUCAGAUAGGGUUAGUCUUGAGACCAAUGGGGAACAACCGGAAAAGAGAAAUUAUCCAGCUGUUACAUGUAGACUGCUUUUUCUUGAUCUGUAAAGAAUUUUGCGUUAGGAUAACAAGUAGCUUUUGUGUAAUUAUAGUAAUUAUGACCAAGAAUGUGUGUUUAUCUCAUAUUCGUAUAAUUGGUAUAUAAACCAAUAUAUCAUAUAUGUAUCAUUUUAUCAUGUUUCUGCAUGCAACAGUGUGAGUCAGUCAGCCUGGAUCCCAUAUGAACAUUAUGGCGAUAAGAACUGUGGUUAACAAUGAACUAAGAAUACAACUUGUAUGUGGGGAUUCAGGUUUAUCUGAGCUU